UUUUUUACCGUCACCUUAUUUGCCGAGAUUAUCUGGAUGGCCGAGCAAAGGAAUGCAUUUUGCAUGGGGCAUCUCACAAAGACGUGCUAGUUAAAAUUCCUGUUUUUAUUUCGAGAGACAUUCAUCUGAGCUGUUCGCUAGAACCGUAAUCAGACCGGAAAUAUCUGAAAUUUGUGUGUUUGGCGUGAUAACAACUUGCGCACCACACGAACUGGCCCAAAUUCACUCACGCUAAACUUUUCGCAAACAACUGCUACGUUUGCUCGCUGAGGCAAACGCGUUGGAAAACAAACAGUUAUACUUGGCGCUGUUGGAUUACCACCGAGCGAAUGUCGAACGCGCGCGAACGAAAGAAUAGGGGUGGCCAGAUUUUCGACGAAAACAGCAACGGAAUCAAAGAUCCGAAGUUCUUGAGUCCGAAUUCCUCGUCGAAAAGUCUCGAUGUGUCCUCUGCUUCGGACAACGAUUCUUGGGCCUCAGAAGAUUCGUACCCAGACGAGCUACCCUCACCGCCAAUCCAAUGGAAAUCGGAAAUUCCUUGGACGCCUGAUCGCCGCAGAAGUUCUAUCAAAAAACCUCAAUUUCAACUCGAUCCAGUCGCGGUUCAGCUGAACGAAUUCUACGAGAAUCGCGUGCGGAUAAGCUUGGAACGCAAGGAAAUCUGUGAAGAAAUCGCCUACAAUGCAGUGCACAAAUGUUUCCGUAAAAUCCAGAUGGUGGAUAACCGAUUUCGCGCUAAUAGCGUCGUUUCGCAGGGAAUUCCGUACGAUGGAUUACAAGCUGAAGAAGCCAUUCAGAUGGACAUGCUUGUACAAUUGUCCCCUGGAAGAAGUUCAGCCAUGUACACCGCUUACGAUGAGCGGACGGGCGGAAUGCGCGUCCAGCCGAGCUCCGAAGAUUACUCCGUCUGGGAGGACUGCAUAACAACCAAUGGCUUUUUGUCGGCUGGAAAGAUCAACUCACUGCUUAGAAAGUACGUCAAGAAAGCUGUGAAGAUUUUAAACUUUCAUAUCAAGGAGGGUCGCGCAGAUAAACUGCCGAAGAAUCUGAGUAGCAUCUCGGUCGAGAAAGGACCGGUCAUUCGAGUGAUUGUGAAUAAAGACAUUUCGGUCGACAUUUUACCAGCGUUUGUGAUUCCCGAUUCUCGUUCAGAUCCGUCUCGCAGAGAUUGUCCAUCUUCAUCGCACGUGGUUUGCAAACCGCACGUUCAAAACGAGAUGAUUUGGCGCCUAUCAUUUUAUGUGGCGGAGAAAAACCGCAUCCGAGCUCUUAGCGAGGGAUGUCGUGUACAGCUGUUACGAAUCUUGACCGAAAUUCGCGACAAUGAGGAUCAACUGAAAAAGCUUUCAUCGUAUCACGUCAAGACACUGCUGUUCCACGAAUCUGACGUUUAUCCGGACUUUCACGAGUGGAGCGCGGAAAAAAUCUCGCGCCGUUUCUUUGGCUUGUUAGAACGACUGAAAAAAGCGCUGAAAGAGGGCAACCUACCACAUUAUUUCAUGCAACCGCCUGAUUUCAAGCAAGUGAAUUUAUUCGCUGAUCUCGACGGGAAAACUUUGUCAGACAUGUUGGACGUUGUAGAAGACAUUAUGGAAAACCCAAUGGGUGUUCUUAGGACUGUGGGUCGAGAGAGAAGACAGACAAUGUGGCCUUGGGAGUUAGGCCUGUUUUUACCCGCGGGACUGACCUCCUAAAGUGGGACAGAAAUCCAUUUUUAAUGACCCUCAUGAUCACAGCUGGCUGGCGAGAAACCAAAUCAUGACACUUAUCCGCCUUAAAUCAAGAGUCAAACCAGCAUGUGUGAACCGGAUCAACUUGAUGGAAGCCACUUCAGCGAGAGUUGGGAACUUGACGAGUUCAAGAAAUCGUCAGAGGAUUAGGAAACAGUCCAGAAAUACUUGACAUUAGUCAAAAUGUUCGCGCUUGGAAGUAUUCAAACUCGUUCACCUAAAGUCAUCAAGUCACGUAGAGCGUAAAAACUAUGCAAUCAAGAAAAGUGUGUCACACAAGAAACGAGCAACAAAGUCGAUUUUCAAAGGUUUUUGUUGUCCUUUUUACGCUUCACGUUUCCAAGUUACCGCGAUUUCGAUCGAGUAUUGCAUUUCAGGAACGUUAGCCAAGAGUCUUUCGCCUGUUUGCCAAAAGCAUUUUUGUGGGGUUAAUUUUUCUUGAAAACAGAUUGUAAAGUGUAGAAGUUUUGAAAUUCGUUUGCCGCAACAAAGAACACUUUAGCAACAUGCAUCUUCACGGGUUUUUUUUCCGGAGUGAAUCGGUGUGUAACUUCAAGAAUAAGGCUACUCUAGGUUUUCUAAUAAUACAUUAUUUUGAUGUUUUAUCAUUUUUCCUAUCAUGAAAUCCACUGAUGGAAAAAUAGCAUAAAUUCCUCGUAAUAAAUUAUUCAAAGAUA